AGCAGAAUGACUGUAUAUACCCGGCACAGAGCCCGUCACAGUCUUAACCGUGCCCGCUUCAUUAACUGAUCAGAUGGCACAGAUAGGGCUUUAAACCAGACAAAAACAGGAACUGCUGUGUGUAUAAAGCCAGGCUCGAUUAGCGUGCGCACAGCUCUCAUUCAUCUGCCAUCUGAGCUUUACCACACCAGGUUUAAUGAGUCUAAAGACUGAAGAGGACUGGCUUACUGUUAAACGAUGCAAUGAUGCUAGCUCUUGGAGUUCUCAGUGUAAUUCUGAGCAUCAUGCAAACUUCUAAAGCCACAGAAUCAAAAGGACUCACCUGUGAGACAGAUUACUGGCUCACCAUCAACUGCUCUCUGGAUCCAAAAACCAUUCCCAACAGGAGCGAACACACCUCCUACUGGCUGGAGUUUCAUUUUCAAGACAUACAGGAUAACAUAAAGAUCUAUAACUGCUCACUUACUGAAAAAGAGAACGGGUACUACUGCAGAUUCAAGGCAGUGAAACUUCCAUACUUUCCCACAUUUAGUUCUGCUCUAUAUUUUGCUGUUUACCUUUCCUACCUGGAGAAUGGCCUUAAGAAGUCUUCAGUACUGGAUCACAAGUUUUAUCCAGUUAAACACAUCAGACCAAUAAACCCACACAAUUUAACCCUGGAAGUGGUGAACAGGAGCUAUCACUUUAAGUGGGUGAGUGGAUAUGAGGAACACACCUACGAAUCAUCUCUGCCUCGGCUGUACAAAUUCUUCUACCACAAAGAACAGCAGGACACUGUAUUAUCUCCACAGUUUUUUAAAACAGAGUGCAGUAUUCCAGAGCAUGAUCUGGAAGCAGGUAUUCGGUACGUUUCUUGGGUCUGCACUGAAAUCUCAAAUCAAAAUAAUGAUUAUAAAGGGGUUGGAAGCAGCUGUAGCUCUCCUAUCACGUGGAGCACCACACCCACAGAGAAGGUAACCCCAGACCCCACUGCACCGCUGUUAUCCUCCAUCGUUACUGUGAUUUGUUUGGGGGCAGUGGCGCUCAUUUUUAUGUUGUUAUGCCCUGCUGCAAGAAUGAAGAUUAAGAAGGUCACUUGGGUGGCGACACCAUCUCCAUUCUUCCAACCGCUGUUCCAUAAUCAUCAGGGCAACUUCAAGGACUGGGUGUCCAGAGGGGACGUCCAGAUAACCUACAGUGAGGAAAUUUCAAAGAUUGACAUGAUGACAGAGAUCAGAGCUGAAGAAAAGUGCCUGCAGAAGUUCUCCAGUACGUAUUCCUCUCCGCAGUAUCACACCCCGUACGUCAGCCCCGCCUCAGAGGUCUGGGCCCCGUUCCAAAUAAGCGAGACUCAGAGUGUUGGCAGCAUCUCCUGUAAAGAUCUGGACUUCCUGCCUGAGGAGCCUGCAGUCGAAGAGCCCACCAUGCUCUGCCUGACCAUGUUCGAACCCAUCACCGUCGAGGGGCUCCUGUGUAUGGAUGACCUGGAGUUCAGCCAGGAGGACCUGGAGCCCCCAGAACCGGAGACCACUGCUCCGAAACCUGCAGCGUUUCCUCAGAACUACUGCACCCUGACCAACACACCCACCGGCCUCAUUCCCACACUGACCACCGGACCCAGCGGCCCUGAACUCACAACAGAGGCUUCAGAACAUGCUCUGAAUCUGCAGAUACAGGAGAACACAGACGAACUGGUUCCACUGAGUCUGGACAGUCUGCAGCUCUCUAUGGAUUAAUGACGUAAAAUUCAAAGAUUUCAAAAGUUUAAAGAUCCAAAUGUUCAAAUAUUUAAAGAUCCAAAGGUUAAAAGACUCAAAGAUACAAACAUUUUAAGAUUUAAAGAUUCAAAAAUUUAAAGAUUCAAAUAUUCAAAUUUUUAAGACUUAAAGAUUAAAAUAUUCAAGAUUCAAAGAUUUAAAGAUUCAAAGAUUCAAGAUUCAAAGAUUCAAGAUUCAAAGGUUCAAAGAUUUAAAAAUUGAAAGGUCCAAAUAUUCAAAGGUUCAAAUAUUUAACAAUUCAAAUGUUCAAAAAUUUAAAGAUUCAAAGCCUCGAAAUUUAAAGACUUAAGGAUCCAAAGAUUCAAGAUCCAAAGAUUUAAAGAUUUAAAGAUCCAAAGAUUCAAAGAUUCAAAAAUUUAAAGAUUCAAAGGUUUAAAGAUUCAAAAAUGUAAAGAUUUAAAGAUGGAAAGAUCCAAAUAUUUAACAAUUUAAAUGUUCAAAAAUUUAAAGAUCCAAAGGUUAAAAGACUCAAAGAUUCAAGAUUUAAAUAUUUCAAGAUUUAAAGAUUCAAAAAUGUAAAGAUUUAAAGAUUUAAGAUUCAAAAAUGUAAAGAUUUAAAGAUUCAAAGAUUUAAAGAUUUAAGAUUCAAAAAUGUAAAGAUUUAAAGAUUUAAAGAUUCAAAGAUUUAAAGAUUCAAAGAUUUAAAGGUUUAAAGAUUUAAAGAUUCAAAGAUUUAAAGAUUCAAAGAUUUAAAGAUUUAAGAUUCAAAGAUUUAAAGAUUCAAAGAUUUAAAGAUUUAAAGAUUC